UGCAUGUUUUGUUUUCAAAAGAAAAAAUUGUUUUUUGAUUUGAAAAAUUUUACAGUGUGUGUUUUAAGAAAACUUACCGUUUUGACAUAAUUCAGAAGAAUUUACCGAAGAAUUUUGAAGUUUUCCGUUUUCAUUUUCGUUUUUUCUGUUUUUAAAACAAUGUCGAAUUCAUGUUUUAAUGGUGAUUUUCGUCAAAAACCUAAACAAAGUUUAGGUGGUGUUAAUCGUAAUCUAAAACGUGAACAACUUAUACAACAAGCAGCACAAGAACGUAAACAACGUGAAGAAUUUCGUAAACAUACAUUGAUUGCAAUAAAAUUACAAUCACAGAUACGAAAAUAUUUAACCUGUAAAAAUUGGUAUGAAUCUUUGCGUGCGGAUUUCGAUGCCAAACGAUCACAAUUGGGUGAUGAUUUUUUCAUUAAUAACAAUAAUAAUAAUAAUGGCGAUUUACAUAAACAUUCGAUUCGUUUAUAUGAUGAUAUACAUUAUCUUGCCAUUCGUUUUAUUCGAUUCUAUUCAUAUUCAAUGGAUAAAGAAAGAUUGAUUUUCAUCAAUAAAUUAUUGUUACAAAAUCAAAGAAUAAUUUUAUCACAACAACAACAACUACAUUGGUUAAAAUAUAUUUUCGUCUAUAAUUCAUCAGCAAUGGCAAAUUUAUUGGAUUAUUUUCCAAAUAAUAAUCUUGAUGAAUUUAAAUUAAUAUUGAACAUAUUUCAAUUGUAUUUGAAUGAAAAUAAAUUAAAUUCAAGAUUAAUGGAACAAAUAUGGUCAUAUCUGAUUCGAAAUGAUUAUAUAAAAAAUCUUCGUUGUAUAUUAUAUCGUAUACGUACUAUUGAAUCGAUUGGUGAUCAAUUUUUUAAUAAUGUUUAUACCGUACUACUUAAACAUUUGUUAUCCAUUGAAGAUUUGAAUGAAACAAAUCAAUCAAUAUUGAUUGAAUAUUUUCUAAGUCAAUUUUUAUCCGGUUUAAAUGAUUUUAAAUUAUUGAAUGAAUUAUUACAAACAAUUUGUCAAAAUCGUCCACCAUUAUUAACUAUUGAAAAUAUUAUACAAUCAUUUACGAAUUUGGAUUCAGAAUCAAUACUCAUUGAACAAUAUUUGAUUAUAUUUUAUUCGGUUAUCAAAUUAAUCAUACAACCAUUACAUUAUCAAAUGAAAUUUUCAAAUCAAUCAUCAUCACUGAAUCAUCAUCAAUUGAUACAAAAUUAUCUGAAUAUAUUGCGUUUAUUUUCGUUACGUUUAUUUGGACAUUUUCGUACAAAACCAAGUUUUAAUUAUAUUUAUAAACGUGGUCUUUCGGUUGAUCAUCAUCAUCAUAAUGAAUCAUCGGAUUGUAUGGAAAUUCAAGAUAAUAACGAUAAUGAUGAUGAUGAUUUUGAUGAUGAUGAAGAUCUGGAUUAUAUGGAUUCAGUACAGAGGAAAACACCCGAAGAUGAACGAUUAUUAUUUUAUGUUAAACAAAUAUUUUCCCUACUAAACACUACUGAAAAUUGUAAUAUAAUUAUUCGUUUUAUUGAUAAUCAUUUGGCCAAUAUUGAUAAUGAUAAUAAUGAUAAUGAUGAUGAUUCAAUGGUGGUGGUUAAAAUUGCACUUGUUUCAUUAUCAAGUGUUAGUCAUUUGAUGUUGUUUUUCUAUCCAAAUGCAAUUCAUCAUAAUAGAUUGCUACAUACAUUAGCAUUUAAUUCAAAUUUUUUGAAAAAAUUAUGGAAUUUUGUUUUAAAUGAAUGUGGUACUGUAAUGCCAUUUACUGAAUCAAUACCAUCAACAUAUAUACAGAUAUUAUCACGUGGUCUAUUGAAUUCAUCAUUUGAUUGGCCACAAUUUAUACCACAUUUAACAAUAUUUUGUGCAUUAUUUAAUUAUUUUCUACAAACAUUAGAUGAUGUUGAAUUUUUUAAUGAAUAUCUUCGUAAUAAUGUUGAUAAUGGUAGUUUAGAAAAUAAUAUAAUAUCUGUUUAUAAUUAUAGUGUAUUACCAUUUAAACUUGAUGAAAUUAUCGCGAUGAGUUCAAUAUUACGUGAUGCUGGUAUUUCAUUAAUAGAAUUAGCCUAUCAAGAUAGACGUAUUAUUAAUUAUAAAAUCAAUUUAUUUGGAUUUGGUGUUGAAGAAACUAUCCAAGAUGAAUUUAGUAUAAAUUGUUGGAGUUUAUUAUUACGAAAUCUAUUACGAUUACUACGACAUAUUUAUGGUCGUGAUAUAAGACAGAAAUUCUGUCCGGAAAAUCAUUGGAUAUCGAAACGUACAUGUAUAAGUAUUUUGCCACAGAAUUUUAAUAUUGCCAUCAAACAACGACGUCGGUUAUAUCAAGAAUUUCGUGGAAUUAAACAUAUGAAUCGUGAUGAAAUUAUUCAACACGGGUCACCAAUUUCAGUGAAAGAUGUAAUCAAUGUAACAUUGAUACAGGAAUUACCGUUUGUAGCAUCAUUUUGUGAUCGUGUAAAAAUAAUGCAAUCCCUGAUCACUUAUGAUAAACAAAAUCAUGAAACAAAUUUUUAUGAAGUUAUUCAUGGUCGUACUGUAACCAUACGACGAAAUUAUGUUUAUGAAGAUUCGUUUGAAAAAUUAUCACCAACAUUGUUUCCAUCGAUGAAAAAAAUCAUUCGUGUACAAUUAGUUUCGGCACUUGGUCUGGAAGAAACCGGUGUUGAUGGUGGUGGUGUUUUUCGUGAAUUUUUAGCCGAAGCAUUGAAAUCAGCAUUCGAUCCUAAUCGUGGCCUAUUCAAACUUACACAAGAUGGUUUUCUUUAUCCAAAUCCAUCGGCACAAAUUCUAUAUGAUAAUAGUGAUAGUCAUUAUUAUUUUAUUGGUCGGUUGUUGGGUAAAGCUAUCUAUGAACAUAUGCUUAUUGAAUUACCAUUUGCACCAUUUUUUUUGGCCAAAAUCCUUACGGUUAAUUCGGAUAUUGAAAUCAAUCAUCUAGCAUCAUUGGAUCCUGUUUUAUAUAAAAAUUUAAUAUCAUUAAAAAAUUAUAUCGGUGAUGUUUCCGAUUUAGGAUUGGAUUUUACAGCAGUACAAUCUGAUUUUGGUACAAAUAAAAUUGAAGAAUUAAAACCAAAUGGUACAAAUAUUACUGUUACGAAUCAAAAUCGUAUUGAAUAUAUUCAUCUUAUGGCUGAUUAUAAAUUAAAUAAACAGAUUCGUGGACAAUGUGCUGCAUUCAAAAAAGGUUUCUAUAAUGUUGUCAAUUUUGAUUGGAUCAAAAUGUUUGAUACAAAAGAAUUGCAGAUAUUAAUAUCGGGUGCACCAACACCGAUCGAUAUUGAUGAUUUAUGGCAACAUACUGUUUAUACGGGUAAUUAUAAUUCAGAUCAUCAAGUUAUACAAAAUUUUUGGGAAGUAUUACGUGAAUUUGAAGAAAAUGAUAAACGUAAAUUUUUAAAAUUUGUUACAUCAUGUUCAAGACCACCAUUAUUAGGUUUUAAAGAUUUAUGUCCAGCAUUUUGUAUACAGAAUGCAGGUCCUGAUCCGGAACGUUUGCCAACAUCAUCAACAUGUAUGAAUUUAUUAAAAUUACCCGAAAUAUAUGAUAAAAAAUCGUUGAAAGAAAAACUUGUUUAUGCUAUUAAUUCGGGAUCCGGUUUUGAAUUAAGUUGAACAAAAUUUUACUUCCAUUACUUCUUCCAAUAUACUGAAUAAUAAUAACAUUUUAAUUUGUUUCGUUUUCA